AUGUACGGAUGUUUUAAAGCAGGCAGGACGAGACGGCGUCGUCGACGUGCAUCGCCUGGUGUGGGAAGAGCGUCUCCAUCUUUACGACGAGCAUCGCCGGCGUUGAGGGAGGCUUUGCGGGUGUUGAGGGACGCCUGGCCAUCGCCCGCGCCACUGCGACUCCGAUUCAGAGGUUCCGGUGACGAUCGCAGCACAGGUGCAAGCGGAGAAGAUAGUGGUGAUACAGUAGAAAACACUGGUAGAGACACAUCUAUAGAUAAUCAACGCCAGGCACAGGCUAUGUGGUGGGGAGGCGCAUCCCCCGGCCUGCUGCGGCGCCGCUACUCCGUUCCCGAGACUAUCAUGAGAAAAUAUCGGUUGGCUCAACAGCGCUCUGAGUGGGAAGAGGAAAGUGCGCGGGAGUCGGCGCCGGCAUGUGGGCGGUGCACGGGUGAAUGCGGAGGCGUCGCGGGGGGUGACAUGCGAAAGUCUGCCUUAUUACGAGUGUGGGGUCGCGCCGAGCCGUCGCGCUGCCGCUGCGGCGCCACGCGCUCUCUCGAUGGAUCCCGAUGCGAGCUACGACAAUCGUCACGCUGCGUUACUCCUAAACGGCCCCGUCUCGAUGCUUUGUCACGCUCUCCCGAUCCAACCCUAAGACUCACAUCUAGUGCAUAUUCCAAUAAAUCAACUAAAAGUUCAGAAACAGCGCUAUUCUCAACUGAUACCAGUUCUAAUUUUCGACAGAAAAUUCUGCCAAAUCCCAUUGAUGCAUUUUCCGAAGAAUACUCGUUCACAGAACCGUCUGAGCCCACGUCAAUACCAACCGCUAAAGAGAUCCCAAUUAGAACCAACGAACUACCUGAAGUGUCAUCGAGUGGCAGUCACAUAGAUGGUCGUGUCAGCGAGGACACGCUCAACGCGGAAAAUGAUGAUUGCAAUAUCCUUCCUUACAACCAGCCUCUGUCCAUCGAUACACAACAAUAUGAAAUUCUUGAAAUCGUGGUUUCGGAGACGCUAAACGUCCAACAGAACCGGGAUUUAAAUUAUGAAGGCGUGUCGAGUCCAGUCAGAAAUACGACUAUCAGAAGUAAGAAAAUUCCAAAUAUCAAUAUCGACGAGUAUGUAUCUAAUAUAUUAGUUGAAAGUUUGAAUUCACUUACUGAUCAAUUAGAGUCAAUAAACGCUUCCAUGGGAUAUGACAAAAGGCUAAACAUUGUGGAGAAAGAAAUCAAAGUAAAGUUACAAAAUACGGGGGUAAACACAAUUGUCCACCUUAGUCCUACUUCUAAUAAUCAAAUCAUAUUUGGUAAUGAGGAACUCUGUAAUAAUGAUGGGAGACUAGGAAUCGAGAAUGACGUGAGAAAUGAGAGCAGUGUUCAUAUAAGAGACAGUGCAUUGAGCGUUGAAACAAAUAAUAACCUUACCUCAGCAGAGAGUCUUAGGGAUAACAAUGGCAACGGUGGCCGGCAGGAACCAGACGGCUUGUUGACCGUUACAAACAAUGAAUCCGUUAACAAAGCAAUUUUACAGCAGAUACAGAAACUUUUUAAAGAUGAAUUUAAAAAGAGUGGGGAUGAUGAAAGAAUUUCUCAUAUACAAACAUCAAACGUUGACAUCGAUUUAAAUAAGAAUAUUGGCACGCAUACAAGUUCUGGGUCCAAUAAUUCAGCAACUUCAAUAACGCAAAUGCCUAGUAAUUCGAAGUCCUUGGAGGUUUUAGGCGGAGUGGGUGCCAGAAAUUAUUACGAAGAAGUUGAAGAAAACACGUUAAUUCCUAGAUUAUCAGCUUUACCUCACAGUGACUCCAUGGAAGUGAAUACGUCAUCUUCUGACGACACUGAUAUGCUGGGGUCGGAGUGCGCCAGCCUUGUUGACAGCCUAGAUGACCCCAAUUCACCACGCUGUGCCUUUUUACGCCGGAGCCGCGCCUCGAUCCACAGAACCGAUCUUGUACGGUCAGCUAUUGAUGUGUUGGACCUCCUACCGGAGAAUGCUCAAAAUGAUGAUCAUUCUCCCAAAGAAAAGGGUGAGUCUUUUUUCGUAAGAAUAAAAGAUGGCGAUUGUGACUGUGAAAAGGAAAAUAUGAUUGUAGCAGAUCAUAUGCCGGAAACCAUUAAGCAGAGAUUAUUCAGAAGACAUAGAAAACGAGAACAACGAAUGGAGUGUGUUAAACGGACCAAAGUAAAACAAUUGAGAAGAGAUGUAAGAAACAAAGAAAACGAAGAUUAUAAAUUUAGAAAAGAAAUUGAGAAAGAGUGCUUUGCCAUCGUUAAUGCGCUCAUAGAUGAUGUUAUAGCAAAGAUUGUACAAAAUGAAUACAAGAAUUUAAGAAUCAAACAGCAGUCAAAUAAUGUUUUAGCUGCAAAAUCCGAAGAGAAUUUAAGCAGAAAAUCCAAUAAAAAAGAGAAACAAUCAUUGCAAUCAAAUAAAAGUAGAAUGGUUCAUUCUCAAUCGUGUUCAGAAUACAUUGACAAGAAAUUACAGAAAUCGAAUCAACAGCAGCAUGUCAAAUCUAGUGUUGAUUUACCACCGACGGUCGUCGAACCGAAACCGAAAAGAAUUUAUCAAAAAUCAGAAAUUUAUGAUGGCAAUAAAUGUAUAGAAAUUCUUGAAAUAUUAGAGUACGCAAAUACUUCUCAAAAUUCUUCAGAUACUACAAACUCUGACGAAAAUCAUAAUAACUUUAUAAUAAAAAGCAAGAAGUCAAGAAUACCUAUUCCUGUUUAUGAAAGAAUUCAACGUUUACCGAAAACCGGCACCCAAAAAAAAUAUAAAAAUGGUUGCUCGCGAAGUCAGUCACCUCAGACGAGGGAGAGAAAUCAGAAAACCAAGCAGUUAUUGGCGAGUAUGCUGUUCGAUGCAUUUGCGGGAGAUUCGGGACCGGUUAAGGACACGUCGCACCGUCGUCCACCUGUACCGUGUGAGCCCCGUGCGAGGUCCAACUCAUUACGGUUUCAUAAUCCCUUCGAUAUUAUACCUGAAGAGAAAAGCAGUCUGAGCAUGGACUCCACGGGUGAAGAGUCCGCUGGGCGCCGAGCUUCUGCCCCUAGCCUUGCUGACGACUUGUCUAUUGAGCUCAACGAAAAGCCCAAAGCACAAGAAAGACUGCAAACGCCUAAGUUGCCCACCAAACACCUCAAGAAUGCCGGAACGUCUCCUAUGCCGGAGCUGAAGCAGCCGCAAAAACACGUAGGCACAGCAACAUCGCCUAGCCGCAAGUCAGCCGCUACCAGCCCCAGACGCCCACCACCCGCAGCAGGUUUCGAAAAACGGAAGUCGGUAACGACACAGUGUGAUGAGACGCUAAAAAAUAUAAAAAGUGACACGGAAUCAAAUAACGUACGAAAAAUUAAAAGUCACAACUGUCUCAAUAAUCACACAAAAGCACCACAGAAGCAAACGAGACCCAAAUGCGAGCGGGAGAAGUAUAAAAGUUCAGCACAAAGUGUAGGUUGUGAUGCGGCGUCGGAGGAAAGCAGCAGCUCGGGUGAAUCAGACGCCGCGCUGGUGCCACCAGGCUGGCUUGCGACGCGUCGCCGACGCCGUGCAGCCCCUGCCACCCGUCUUGGCGAGUGGGCAGUGACGGUAGCAGGCUCUUGUGCGGCCGCCCUCCCUAAUGACGUCGAGAUGCGACUACGUUUUCCUGAUCCGCGGCCUUCCCAUCACAACCCGCAACCCGAAUCGCCUCCGCGGCCGGCACAUCGUCGCCUCUCGGAAUCCUGUACGAUGGGUAGCGAGCGGGCAAGGCGAGGCAGCGAGCGGCUCACUCUCACGGUCAAGAAGGAAGCCUCAGAUUCUUCAGUUGUUGCAUCAAAGAGCAUGAAGAAAUCUCGAGAUCUCCUACCAGAGCUGCAGGAGACAUUUCGCGCUUCCCGCACUGACACACGGAGCUCUCUCAAGACUCGGCGGGGAUCCUCCCUACACUGCUGGCUUCCGGAAGAAGACUCCGCAAGCAUCAGGGCGCGUGGCGAUAGUAGCGGAUCUCUGUGUGUGUCGGGUCGCGGCAUCGUGCCGGUACGCAAGCCGCCGCGUGCCCCUUCCAUUAGGACUCGACGCUACCCUUCCGAUAUGAGAUAUUAA